ACUGUCUACUUCUCAUGUGUUGUAUAUGUCUGCAUGCUUUAUAAAUCAAUCUGUUCCUCAUUUUAUUUUGACUGAUUUCAGCUUGCCAAAUGCAGGCCAUUGGUGUGGCUAGCAAUGACACACUCCCUGAUGCCAGCUUCUCAGCAUCAAGUAGCAGUUUUGAAGCUUCUAAAGGUCGACUGAAUGCAUAUGGGGGAUGGUUAACCAGCAGAAAUGACCAUCCUGAUGAUUAUCUGCAAAUUGAUCUGCAGUAUGAGUUUCUUAUUUGUGCUGUAGCUACUCAAGGGAUGUCAACUUCUAAUGAUUGGACAACAGAGUAUAAGUUACAGCUAUCCUCUGAUGGUUCCACUUUUGUGACCUUCAAGGAAAACAAUGUUGACAAGAUUUUCAGAGGCAAUUCUGGAAGAAAUGAAAUCGUCAAACAUAAUCUCAAAGAUGUGAGGGCAAGGUUCAUCCGUUUCCAGCCUGUGAAUUUUCCCUCACAAGCACCCAGUAACUUGACUUUAUCUGCAAGCUCCUCUACAAGUAUUAGAGCAUCCUGGCAGUUACCUCCCGUGUAUUCCAGACAUGGAAUCAUUGUAGGAUACAAAUUGUUCUACAAAAAGAAAGGGUUUAUGGGGUCAAUGUCUGUUGUAACUAUCAAUGAUGGAACAACUUUUUCAGGAGUUAUUACUGGUCUGGAUAAGUACACGGAAUAUGAAUUUCAAGUGUUGGCUUUUACGUCUCAUGGUGAUGGACCAAAAAGUUCUGUUGUGGUGGAGAGAACAAUGAAAGAUGCUUUUUCCUUAGUACCAAGUCCUCCUUCCUCCCUCAGUCAUAACCUUAAAACACCGACUGCGUUACAGGGACCAAUGAUGAUUUUAUCCUGGAAAGCACCUUCAGAACCAAAUGGAGUUAUCAGGAACUACACCGUGUUUUACAACCACAGUGAAGAUGCAUAUGAUAUUCACAGCGAGACCUUUGGACCAGAUGUCUUUAACUACACAGUUAAUGUGUUUAGUGGAGUCUCUUAUUGGUUUAACGUCAGAGCUGAGACAUUACAACCUGGAAAAAAUGCCUCUCUAAAUAUUUAUGUCCCGGAAUAUAAACCUAGUAGUGGUCCAGCUAGUAUAAUACCUGCUCAUGUCAACAAGACCUCCUUAAACAUUUCAUGGGAACCAUUAUCAAGAGAACAGAGCAAUGGCGACAUUAUUCUGUAUAGCGUCAAACAAGAAUUGCUGUCUCGGGGAACAAAACAGGAAAGAUCGUCUUUAAGUAGCAAUACAGUUAAUACAACAAACACAUUCAUUUUAUGGAGUGGAUUGUUGCUUUGUUUGCGAUACCAAGUGUCUGUUCGAGCUUAUACCAAAGUAGGACCCGGUCCAUAUGGUCCACCUGUAAAACUACCAAGAACAUCAGUCCCAGGAACACCUUGGGGGUUAAAUGCAACAAAUGUUGGAGCAACCCAAGUGACGCUGGAAUGGAAAGAACCAGAGCUCAUGACAAAAGAAGGCCUCAGCUAUAGAGUGAAGUAUCUCGGAACAAAGCCUUACAAUGGAAGCUUUAGAGAGGAAGGUCUCCAAGAUGUAGACAAUUCCACUUCCUACACUAUGAAAGGUUUAGUUCCAGGUUCUAUCUACGAGUUUCAGGUUAUGGUAAGCUCUGUAUGUGGACUCGGAGAACCCAAAGGAUUUCCUGAUAGCGUCAAAACAAAGACGAGAGCCCCGAUCUCUCCAGCUGUACUGUUGCUGGCGAAUAAACGUAUUUCGACUACAACUGUUGUGAUUCACCUAUGGCAGGCAGAACAAAGAAAUGGCCCAAUAAGUUCCCAUCAAGUUAUAGUUCUAAAUAUUGUUGAUGGGGUGGAAGAUCUUCCGAUUGACUAUGCUUCAAAACUAAAGGAUUCAAAUAAAGCGGGGAUAGGAAACCUGUCUUUUUAUGUUGCUGCUGAGAUAGAAAAUGUUCCGAGGAAUGAAAAGUCUUGGGAAUUCACUGUUGGCGAUGGAAAAACGUAUGGAGCGUAUAGAAACAAAGAACUCCAGAACGGAGAGGACUACAUUGUGUUCCAAAGAGCGAUGACUUAUGACAAUGGUGUCAUUUUAGAAGGACCAGUCAGCAAGGUUGCAAAAAUUUCUGUCACUGGAGGGGUAGGAGUAAGGAAAAGUGAUGCCUCUAAAUCUGUUAGUAUUGUGCGGAUUGUCUUUCCUGUGGUCCUGGUAAUAGUCUUGGUACCAUUGCUUCUUGUGGCAAUUCUGGUAUAUCGGAGGAGGAGACAGAGUGAGAGGUCAGGCCAAGAGGUUAACAGGAACAAAGCACACGUUCCACUUGUGGAAUUCAGAAUGGAGUCCGUUGAGUCCAGUGGAAGUACAGCCGGCAUAAUUUCUCAAAAUGUGUCGAACAUUCCUUCUCAUGAAAAUGUUGAUGGGAAAGCAUCUCUCCUCGAGGAAAAAGAAGCGGUGUACAGUGAGGCUGAUGAUGGUAAGCCAAAACCAAUUCCUGUGUCGGAGUUUGCAAAAUAUUUCAAGGACAAAUCAGCUAAUGGAGCCAUCGUGCUGGAAGAGGAAUUCAAGAAAGUACCCAGCAUUUUACCAUUCUCUUGGGACGCUGGUAAAGACAACAAAGUGAAAAACCGUUAUGGAAAUAUUACGACCUAUGAUCAUUCUCGUGUUGUUUUGGAGAAAAUAGAGGGUGAUCCAAAGUCUGACUACAUCAACGCUAGCUAUAUUCCGACAUUUGAUGCAGAAUCAGUGAACUACAUUGCAACACAAGGUCCAACCUCUACAACAAUCAGCGAUUUCUGGCGGAUGAUCUGGCAGGAAAACUGUUUUGUUAUCGUCAUGUUAACCGACUUAGUCGAGCAAGGAAAGAACAAGUGUGAUCAGUAUUGGCCAGACAGUACUACUAUGUUUGGAUCUAUCAGAGUAACAUUAAUUAAGACACAAAACUUCGCUGACUACUGCAUCCGAACCUUAAAAUUAAUGACGGGCAAAAAGACACGUGAGGUUUAUCAAUAUCAUUUCACCUCGUGGCCAGACAGAGGUGUCCCACACCAUUCCACUGCGCUACUUGGAUUUCUCCAGUACGUGUUCAUUCAUCAAGCUGUGAUGGAAGCUUUGACCUGUGGAACUACAGAGGUCGCUUCCCAAGACUUACGGAUUAGAAUGAACAAACUUCCCAGGGUCCUUUCAGCUGCUAAACACACUGGUUAUGCAGAAGAGUUCAAGCGUUUGGAGAUCGUCAGCGGCUGCCAGAGCUCAGGAGGAGAAUUUACGGAAGGGUUUAAACCCUCAAACCUCAACAAGAACAGGUUUUCCAAUAUAGUACCAAUGGACACUGCACGGGUCAUGCUGAGGAGCUCAGAGCCGAAUGAGGAUUACAUCAACGCCUCUUUUGUCGACGACUAUAGUCGACGUAAUGCAUAUAUUUUGACUCAAGCCCCGUUAAACAAUACUGUUGACGACUUCUGGAGGAUGAUAUCACAGUAUGAUAUCGGCACAGUUGUGAUGUUAAACAGUUUGAAAGAAGAAAAAGAGAGCUCGAGGUUCUUCGAAUGUCCCAACAAUUGNNNNAUGUUGACUGUAUUAGAGCAGUCUCAGCAACAAUCUGGAGAUGGAGUCAUUGUUUUUCAAUGCAGUGAUGGUGUGGGUCGUAGCGGCUGUCUGGCUACCAUAAUGUCAGUGAUCGAACGAGUUAAGAUUGAGCAAACAGUUGAUGUGUUUAAGACCAUUAAACUAAUUCGAGCCAAAAGGCCUGGCGCUGUGAACACUCUGGAUCUCUACUCGUUCUGUUACAAGACAACCCUUGCAUACCUGGAUUCUUUCAAUUGUUAUUCAAACUUUGCAGAUUUUUGAAUCUUUAGCUUUUGACAGUUGUCGAUGUUUAGUUUGAAUUAAGUACAGUUAGUGAGCCAGUCAGUUGGAUCAUAUUGAUAAGUUUCAUAAAUUGAUAAUGAGCGCGUACAAAAAUUAGCUUCACAUCAGGAUCAGCUCUGCGAUAAACAUCGCACGCUAGUUUUGACGAGGGAAAACCUCUCUUCAGUUUGUUUACCAAGAAAUCCUGAUCAGUGUUUACAUUUAAACGGCAUACAAAGUGACCUUAAGUUCCGUAACCGCCAUGAUAAUUCUGGUAUACGCAGAAAAAAUUACAACUCGAUGAUUUGUAAUAUUCAUCUCUGACUCCAAGACAAAAAGGUUAAGCCAAGAGCCUUGAACCAUUGAACAAGCUUAAUUUGUUAAAAGCCUAUAUUGCGUCCCAUCCAAAUUUCAUAUGUUGUGUAACCCAAAAGAGACAGAGAUAUCAAAGUAUCAUAAAGUAUCAUAUUUAAGCUUUAUUCUUUUGACAGACAGAGCGUUAAGAGAAUGAUAAUAUAGAUUUAAGAAUGAUUUUUAAACAGCUUUACGAACCAUGAAAAAAAAUAUUUAUACUCCUUUCUGGGCAGACAAAAAGUCCAGUAAUGAUGAGUUGUCGUUUUACGAGAUUUUAAUCAAAGAGAAAAAACUUAACUGUACAUGAGUACUUUUGGCGUAAA